GAGUCGACGACCGGAAAGCGUUCUCCUCUCUCUUCCAAACUGAAGUCGUUGCAAAUAUCGGACUAUCGGCGCCAAUCCGUGGCUCCUUCGGCCGGCGGAUAACAAUUCGCGAGGGAGAGCGGGAACGAUUUCUAGGUUUCCGAUUCGGGUUAAGCUUCCUACGGGCGGGAGGCGAUGGCCCGGGGUCGAUCCUCUUCUUCCAGCUGGUGGCGGUACCUCCACCCCUCCUACUACCUGAAGCGGCCCAAGCGGCUGGCCCUCGUCUUCAUCUCCUUCGUCUUCAUCACCUUCGCCGUCUGGGAUCGGCAAAGCCUAGUCCAGGAACACGAGGCUGAGAUUUCAAAGUUGAAUGAAGAUCUGAUCCGGUUGCAAGAUCAGUUGAGGGAAGUAAAAGGGAAUUUGGGAUAUUUAGGUGAACGCGUGAUGAAUACAAAUGAUGAAAAAAACAGCAAAGAUCUUGUCGACAUUGAUCCUAUCAACAAGGAACGUAGAGAAAAGGUGAAAGAGGCUAUGCUUCAUGCAUGGGAUUCUUAUGAAAAGUAUGCAUGGGGCCAAGAUGAACUCCAGCCACAAUCAAAGAAUGGUGUCGAUAGUUUCGGUGGUCUUGGAGCAACUCUUAUAGAUUCUCUUGACACAUUGUACAUAAUGGGCCUAGAAGACGAAUUCCGAAGAGCUAGAGAAUGGGUUGCAAACUCUUUAGAUUUCAACAAGGACUAUGAGGCGAGUGUUUUUGAGACAACCAUAAGAGUUGUUGGUGGACUACUCAGUGCAUAUGAUCUCUCUGGGGAUGAAAUAUUUCUGGAGAAAGCGAAAGACAUUGCUGAUAGGUUGCUACCUGCAUGGAAUACACCAUCAGGGAUCCCUUAUAAUAGAAUCAACUUAGCUUAUGGCAAUCCACAUAAUCCUGGAUGGACCGGGGGAGCCAGCAUCUUGGCAGAUUCUGGCACAGAACAGCUUGAAUUUAUAGCUCUAUCCCAGAGGACAGGAGACCCUACAUACCAGCAGAAGGUGGAGAAUGUAAUCAUACAACUUCAGAAGACAUUUCCUAGUGAUGGUUUGCUUCCAAUCUUCGUAAAUCCUCAUUCGGGGACAUCAUCAUACUCAACAAUUACAUUUGGUGCUAUGGGUGAUAGCUUCUAUGAGUAUUUACUCAAAGCCUGGAUACAAGGAAACAAAACUGAAACUGUGAAGCAUUACAGAAAAAUGUGGGAAACAUCCAUGGAAGGCCUGUUAAGCUUGAUCCGAAAGACUACUCCAUCUUCUUUCACAUAUAUUUGUGAAAAAAAUGGCGGUUCUCUGUCUGACAAGAUGGAUGAACUAGCAUGCUUUGUUCCAGGCAUGUUAGCCUUAGGAUCUUCUGGUUAUGGCCCAGAAAAAGCAGAAAAAUUUUUAUCGCUUGCCAAGGAGCUUUCUUGGACUUGUUAUAAUUUCUACCAAUCAACUCCAACAAAAUUAGCAGGAGAAAACUACUACUUUCAUGCUGGAGAGGACAUGAACGUUGGCACAUCAUGGAACAUACUAAGACCAGAGACUGUUGAGUCACUUGUGUACCUUUGGCGUUUCACAGGGAACAAAACAUACCAAGAUUGGGGCUGGGACAUAUUCCAAGCAUUUGAAAAGAAUUCUCGCACAGAUUCUGGUUAUGUUGGACUGAAGGAUGUUAAUACAGGUGCAAAGGACAACAUGAUGCAGAGCUUCUUCCUUGCAGAGACACUCAAGUACCUUUACCUCCUAUUCUCUCCUCCAUCAUUCAUCUCCUUUGAUGAAUGGGUUUUUAACACAGAAGCCCAUCCUCUGAGGAUCAUUCCUUGAAGCAAUAAAGAAGGUGGCCUCAGAAUGGAUGGAAAAGCAAAUUCAAGACUCAUCAUUAGGCCAUUCAGCAAAAAGCAAGGAAAAACUGGAUAUAGUUGAGCAUUUUCAUUUAGGAUAUUGAAAUGCACAUCUUAUUUUUGCUGUGUUUGAUCCAUGUGAUUCGCGGUUUAUGAGCUGACAGAGACCACAACCCGGGAAAGACAAUCUACAUGGUCAAAUGAGGGUCUCAUUUGACUUGGUAGUUUUAUAGCCAUCUUUAAUGCGAGAGGAUGGCGUCAUGUACAAUUAUUUGAUACCAAGCUUAUAGCUCAUCUUCAGUUGAAGGGUAUAUUUGGAUCUUCCUGAAUUCUGAUGGAAGGUUUUAGGUCAGAGUAUUGGAUUCUGUUAUGCUUGUCGUUUGUAUUUUUUAUGUUAUCAUUCAGAGACAUCAAAAAAACAAACAAAACACAAGCAUAACUAAGCUUUAAAUUUAGACGUUAAUGCAUUUUAUUUCAGGUUA